CCCAAAAUAACAAGGCUGGGAAAAAUUGUCGUACCGCGCUGGGCCUGUCACGCUGCUUCAGUCUGAGCCGCGGCGCCGCCAUGUACAGGGUGACAGGAGUGAUACAGAGUCAGGGGCGCGUGGUGGUGGCGGCGUGGCGUGGGGGCGCCGGGGCGGUGCGGGUGGUGCCCUCGGCGGCCCCUCGCGCCGUGCACACGUCGGCCCCGGCGCGGGACAAGAAGGGCAGCAAGGUCCCGCCACUCCGCGAUGCCACGGGACGCCCUGUGGCUACCCCUGAGGUGAAGCGCGCAGCGGCCAAAGUGGCGGGCUGGAAGGAUACGUGGGACGUCCCCAAGGCGAGCCAGAAGAGCCAGGCUGGCACGCAGCAGGGUGGCUCGCUGCGGGAUAUCAUUCAGGCCCAUCCCGAGGUGCUCCGGCCCAGCAGUAAACAAGCUAGCAGCUCCUCUGACAGCGACGCCCCGACACCGCGCCGGCCUACGAGGGGCGCCUCCCCCACCAAGGCGGCUGCCGGCAAGGCAAAGGCUGCUAAAAAGGGAAUCUCGGAGGUUGCAGCCGUGAAGGAAUCCGUCGUCAAUGCGAGGAACUCCAAAAAUGGUGUCGCGAAGAAAACCCCGACGGCCGCCGCAGCAAGCGGUGAGGCCGCGAAGGAGGCCGCGCCAAAGCCUGAGGCCGCGAAGGAGGCCGCGCCAAAGCCUGAGGCCGCGAAGGAGGCCGCGCCAAAGCCUGAGGCCGCGAAGGAGGCCGCGCCAAAGCCUGAGGCCGCGAAGGAGGCCGCGCCAAAGCCUGAGGCCGCGAAGGAGGCCGCGCCAAAGCCUGAGGCCGCGAAGGAGGCCGCGCCAAAGCCUGAGGCCGCGAAGGAGGCCGCGCCAAAGCCUGAGGCUGUGAAGGAGACCGCGCCAAAGCCUGAGGCCGCGAAGGAGGCCGCGCCAAAGCCUGAGGCCGCGAAGGAGGCCGCGCCAAAGCCUGAGGCCGCGAAGGAGGCCGCGCCAAAGCCUGAGACCGCGAAGGAGGCCGCGCCAAAGCCUGAGACCGCGAAGGAGGCCGCGCCAAAGCCUGAGACCGCGAAGGAGGCCGCGCCAAAGCCUGAGACCGCGAAGGAGGCCGCGCCAAAGCCUGAGACCGCGAAGGAGGCCGCGCCAAAGCCUGAGGCUGUGAAGGAGGCCGCGCCAAAGCCUGAGGCCACAGCCGUGAAAGUGGCUGUGCCUGAGGCCACAGCCGUGAAGGAGGCUGUGCCUGAGGCCACAGCCGUGAAGGAGGCUGUGCCGGAGGCCACAGCCGUGAAGGAGGCUGUGCCGGAGGCCACAGCCGUGAAGGAGGCUGUGCCGGAGGCCACAGCUGUGAAGGAGGCUGUGCCGGAGGCCACAGCCGUGAAGGAGGCUGUGCCGGAGGCCACAGCCAUGAAGGAGGCUGUGCCGGAGGCCGUAACCGUGAAGGAGGCUGUGCCGGAGGCCACAGCCAUGAAGGAGGCUGUGCCGGAGGUCACAGCCGUGAAAGAGGCCACCACAGCAGCAGCCGUCGAGCCCCCGGGUGUCCCUGGAGUUGAGGCGACAGUCGAGGAGGCAGCCGUAGCUGAGGACACUGCAGGACCUUCUUUGGCGGCAGCUGCUGCUGGUGCUGUCGCCGCUGACGUCCCGCUUUCCACGCUUUCAGAGCAAGGCACCGUGGGUGGAGGCCGCGUGGUGGCUGUCAUCGGCGCAGUGGUGGACGUGGCCUUCGAAGGGACGCUGCCGCCUAUCCUCAGCGCCCUCGAGGUCACCAACAGACACCCGAGGCUCGUGCUGGAGGUGGCCCAACAUCUCGGCGGCAACACUGUACGAACUAUCGCCAUGGACGGGACGGAGGGACUGGUGAGAGGUCAGGAGGUGAGGGACUCCGGGGGGCCCAUCUCCAUCCCCGUGGGCGCCGCUACCCUGGGGCGCAUCAUCAAUGUGAUAGGGGAGCCCAUCGACGAGCGCGGGCCCAUCCUCGCUGCCAGCCGUGCGGCCAUCCACGCCGAGGCACCGGAGUUCUCGGAGAUGAGCGUGGAGCAGGAGAUUCUGGUGACGGGCAUCAAGGUGGUGGACAUGCUGGCGCCGUACUCCAAGGGCGGCAAGAUUGGCCUCUUCGGCGGGGCGGGGGUCGGCAAGACGGUUCUCAUUAUGGAGCUGAUCAACAAUGUGGCCAAGGCUCACGGCGGCUACUCGGUCUUCGCGGGCGUCGGGGAGCGGACCAGGGAGGGGAACGACCUUUACCACGAGAUGAUAGAGUCUGGGGUCAUCUCCCUCACGGAUGACACUUCCAAGGUGGCGCUGGUGUACGGGCAGAUGAACGAGCCGCCGGGUGCCAGGGCGAGAGUGGCACUGACGGGGCUGACGGUGGCGGAGUACUUCAGGGACCAGGAGGGACAGGACGUGCUAUUCUUCGUGGACAACAUCUUCAGGUUCACCCAGGCUGGCUCGGAGGUGUCUGCCCUGCUUGGUCGCAUCCCCUCAGCUGUAGGUUACCAGCCCACCCUGGCCACCGACAUGGGGAGUAUGCAGGAGAGGAUCACCACCACCACCAAGGGCUCCAUUACUUCCGUGCAGGCCAUCUAUGUGCCAGCCGAUGACCUGACAGACCCCGCCCCCGCCACCACCUUCGCCCAUCUCGACGCUACCACCGUGCUCUCCCGGGGCAUCGCUGAGCUGGGCAUCUACCCCGCCGUGGACCCCCUGGACUCCACCUCCCGCAUCAUGGACCCCAAUAUCAUAGGACCCCGCCACUACUCCACGGCGAGAGGAGUCCAGAAGAUAUUGCAGGACUACAAAUCCCUGCAGGACAUCAUUGCCAUCCUGGGUAUGGACGAACUCUCCGAGGAGGACAAACUCACAGUGUCACGGGCCCGCAAGGUGCAGCGCUUCAUGUCCCAGCCCUUCCAGGUGGCCGAGGUCUUCACGGGCUACGAGGGGAAAUUUGUCAGCCUGGAGGAGACCAUUAGGAGCUUCGAGGAGAUCCUGGCGGGGAAGCAUGACAACCUACCCGAGGCGGCCUUCUACAUGGUGGGCGGCAUCGAGGAGGCGGAGACGAAGGCACAGCAGCUGACGGCGACUCAGUGAGAGAGAGAGAGAGAGAGAGAGAGAGAGAGAGAGAGAGAGAGAGCAUCAUCGACAUAUAUGUAUUCAAUUGCAAUAUGUAAGAUGUAAAAAUAAAGAAAGAAAAGAGAGAGAGAGAGAGAGAGAGAGAGAGAGAGAGAGAGAGAGAGAGAGAGAGAGAGAGAGAGAGAGAGAGAGAGAGAGAGAGAGAGAGAGAAAGGAGUUGUGUUUUUUUAUAAAGUUGUGAAUUAGAUUUAUUAUUUUGAGAUGUUAGAGAGAGAGAGAGAGAGAGAGAGAGAGAGAGAGAGAGAGAGAGAGAGGAGUUGUGUUUUUUUAUAAAGUUGUGAAGUAGAUUUGCAGUUUUGAAAUGUUAGAGAGAGAGAGAGAGAGAGAGAGAGAGAGAGAGAGAGAGAGAGAGAGAGAGAGAGAAUGAAAGCUCUAAAGACACUAAGAACUAAAAUGAAGACCAGAAAAAAGUGAUACAAAAGAAAGAAAAAGGAAGAAAGAAAAUGGGAGUAUCAAACGAAGACUCGGAACUCGCUUCGAAACACCGACUGAAUCACCGAAGCAACAGUGUGUGUGUGUGUGUGUGUGUGUGUCAGUAGGUCCGUCCGUCGUGUUAAUAGUGUAGUUUUAUAUUCUCGUACCAAUGUGUGUGUGUGUGUGUGCGUGUGUGUGUUCAUACUCGUAACUAUACAUACUGGUGCACAAAUUGUAAUAGUAGAAGUAGUAGUAGUAGUAGUAGUAGUAGUAGUAGUAGUAGUAGUAGUGGUGGUGGCAGCAGUAAAGUGGUGAUCUCUGGGAUUCAAAUGUCACUUCUUAUCUCACGUUAAUUUGUAUAUCAGUAUAAUUCUUCCUCUUUUACUGAUGUUUAGUGGAAGCUUUGUCAGUCAUUAGCAUUAUUAUUAUUAUUAUUAUUAUUAUUAUUAUUAUUAUUAUUAUUAUUAUUAUUAUUAUUAUGCAAUCGCUACUCUUAUGCGAAUUUGACUUGUGUUCACUUGGCUAAUAUUAUGUUCUUUGAGUUGUGUACGAUCUUAAAAGUGAUAUAUAGUCAGUUCUGUUUUUUUUCUUUUCUUACUUUUUUCUUUUUUCUUUAUUUUUUACUUUUCUAUUUUCUCUCCUCUUGUAUUUAUCUUUUUGUCUUCGUCUCAUUUCUCUUCAGACUUUUCUACCAUUUUCCUUCUAUUUUCUUGUUUUCUUUUCCCUUUUCGUUUUCUUUUUCCUAUAACUUAAGUCCUUCUUUCUUCGCUUGUACUUACUCCUUUUUCUUCUUCUUCUACUUCAUCUUUUUCGCGUCUUCUACUAUACCUCUACUCUUACUUUCUCUUCUCUUUUUCUCUUCAUUCCUCUCUGCCUUUCUCUUCGUCGUCAUCUUAAUCUUCUAAUUCUUCUUGGCAUCUUCAUUUUUCUCCCUAUUUUCCUUCUUUCUUCCUCUCUCCAUCCAUUGCCUAUUUUUUUCUUUAGUAGUAGCCUCGUAAUCUUAUUUAAGGAUGAACCAACUUUCCUAAUAAAUAUAAUGUUAAUGUAUUUUGAA